AUGGGAGCUCAUCUUUUGGAGGUGAUGGAGAAGGAGGAGUGUCUGCAUAUACUAGAUUUUCAGUUCAGAGCGCUGAAGAAAGUCCGAAUUUUUGAUGCUCCUGACGAGCUCCCCAAAGAGCGUUCCAGUCUCCUUGUUGUAUCUAACAAAUACGGGUUGGUCUUUGCCGGUGGAGCAACUGGCCUGCAAGUCUUCCACACCAAAAAUCUUCUUAUGCAGAAUCAAGCAGGAGAAGAUCCCAAUAAAAUUGUUGAGAAUGUUCAAGGCAUACUGGUUUCAAUGAAGUUUCCUGUGCAUCACCUUGCUCUGAGCUGUGAUAACCUCACACUGUCUGUGUGCAUGACCUCCAGUGAGAUUGGUUCCUUCGUUGGCUUUUUUGAUGUCCGAACGUUUUUAAAUCAGGCUAAACAGCAGAAACGCCCAUUUGCUUAUCAUAAGUUGGCCAGAGACACGGGCAGCAUGGCAACUGUCAGCGAUCUGAAAUGGAACCCUACCAUCCCCUCCAUGGUGGCCAUCUGUCUGUCCGAUGGCAGCAUCUCUGUCCUGCAGGUCACAGACUCUGUGAAGGUCUAUGCCACUCUUCCUUCCUCGGUGGCUGUUACAUCAGUGUGCUGGAGCCCCAAGGGAAAGCAGCUGGCUGUA